GCAAAGAAAAAUCCGGGUCCUUUCAUAUUCUACACUUCUUCCAAAACCUUCCGAAUCGUCGAAAAAGAAUUACGAUUGUAUUUUCCUUUUUCGAGGAUUAGCGUUACGUGACUCCAGUGACCAGUACUACAUUAGUACCUACACGUGUAUGUUAAGACGAGGAUUAUGCUAGGACAGGUAGUUGAUCAGCGGCUUCGGUGCAGAACGGUAUACCAUGGCGGUCGUCGAUCGAAAGUCGCGGAUUGCCAUCGUGGGGGGUGGUUUGGUCGGUUCUUUGGCAGCUUGCUUCUUCGCCAAGAGAGGCCAUUCUGUAUCCAUCUACGAAUAUCGUGCAGAUAUCAGAGUGGAGGAUUACCGGGGCCAGAGCAUCGAUUUGGCACUGUCGAUCAGAGGGCGGGAGGCUUUAAGGGCUGUUGGCCUUGAAGAGUCUGUGGUCGAUCAUCAUGGUAUUGCCAUGCGUGGUAGAAUGUUACACAACAAGGACGGCACCCUCAGAGAAAUGCUUUACGACAGUGUGAAAGGGAAUUGUAUUUACUCGGUCAGCAGGCGAUAUUUGAACAUAGUUCUAUUAAAUGCCGCCGAGAAGUAUCCGGAAGUGAGUCUCUUUUUCAACAAGAAAAUCAUCGACGCAAAUGUGGAUAAUGGAAAGCUGAAGAUACUGGACACGAAGACGAAAACGAUCGAAGGGGUGGAGGCUGAUUUAAUAAUUGGCGCUGACGGUGCUUACUCCACUGUCAGAAGGAUAAUGGCGAAACGACCGCUGUUCAAUUGCAGUCAGACGUACAUCGAGCAUGGUUACGUUGAGUUAUUUGUCCCCGUUGGGACAAACAACGAGUUCGCGAUGAGUGGUGAACACCUUCAUAUCUGGCCGCGUGGAGAGUUCAUGAUGAUAGCUUUGCCAAACGACGAUCACACCUUCACUGGCAACAUAUUCGCCCCUUUUGGAACGUUGGACCAACUGAAGACACCGCAGGAUUUUCUGAGCUUUUAUCAGAAGCAAUUCCCGGAUCUACUCGAGUUAAUUGGAAGAGAGAAAUUAGUUAAGGAUUACUUCGAAAGGGAGCCAAAAACAUUGAUUUCCAUUAAGUGCAAACCAUAUCACGUUGGAAAAACAACCCUUCUUGUCGGGGAUGCUGCUCACGCUAUGGUGCCUUUUUACGGCAUAGGGAUGAACGCCGGAUUCGAGGAUAUUUUACUGCUAGACGAGUUAAUGGAACGCUACAACUCGGAUUUCAGCUUGAUCCUACCGAAAUUCACGGAACUUCGAUGCGAAGACGCGCACGCUAUUUGCGAGCUUGCUAUGUACAAUUAUAUCGAGAUGAGGGAUUUGGUGACGAGGAAGUCCUUCCUUUUGCGAAAGUCUUUAGACACGUUCCUCUACCGACGAAUUCCAAAUACAUGGAUACCGCUCUACAGCACGAUUCACUUUUCGAGGAUGAAGUUUCGGGACUGCAUCGCGAACAAGGAAUGGCAAGAUAAGGUGUUGCGCAGAAUUGGUUGGUGCGUGAUGUUCUUGAUCAUUGGGAUGUUGAUGGCUCCUUUUGUCGAAGUGCUUGCAGAGAAAAACGCGUUUUCUACUGAAUACGAGUAGACACAUGAACAUAGAUACACUUGCACAAAUAACAUACGCGUAGCAGCACGAUCAUUUCGAUCUGUCAUAAACGUUUCUUACUCGCAAUAAAUUUUCAAACUUUC